UUCAUUGGCUGAGCUUAGCAGCAGUCUAUCUCUUCUCACAGUCCUGUACACACGCAUGCGUGAGCACAGCGAUGGAUAUUUCAUCCCCAGCAUGCCCUCAAAAGUGCAGCUGACUCAAUUGGUAUCUUUAUGCUUCUUUAUCCUUUAUUAUCCAGCCCAGGAAGCCUCCAGCCGUGGCAUUAGUGCAGACUGGGUAGAUCUGCAGUUUUUGCAAUUUUCAGAUUAAAGAGAUCACCGUUUCCCAGAGCGCAACACUCCCCUUUUGCAGCUAUCCAUUACGCCGGCCAUUCAAUUGUAGUGCUGGAGAGGUCGAGGCUCGGGAGGGAUGUUUUAUGUAAUUUAUUCAGUCUUACAGACCCCAAGACACACACUAGCCAUUUUGGCAUCUGCUGCCACUGACAGGAAUAAGCCCUUUGUAGCUGCUCGUGCCCCCCGGGACGACUGUCUUCACGAUGGUUGUGUAAGAACCGUGGUCAUGAGGUAUGCGAGUCGGGUCUCUUACCAAAGGCAACAGAUGGGCACAGGAGGUCAGUCCGUAGCUCUGUGCCCAUUCCGUAAGUGAGGAAUCUUGGCUUGAGGGUGCGGAUGGGAGGAGUCAACCAAUAUUCAGCCACCCGUGUAGCCCACACAAGUGCUCCAGACAUCCGCACUCACACACGUUUUAGGUUCUCUACCUUGGUGGUUUUAGGAUGUAAACUCUCCCCACCUGGUUUUCGUAAAAGCUUUGUGUGGGGUGAUGCAGAAUUCAGAAGGUAUGAAGACCCCCUUGAGCCCCACCCAGCUGAUAGAAAAUGGACAACUCUGCUUCGCCAUCCAAGGCUGCAUGGAGGUAAAGGAUCCCAGCGACUCCAACAUGCAGCUCCAGCAGGAGAAGAAGAAGCUGCUCUACUCGCUCUGUGAAGUCUGCAACAUCCAGCUGCACUCGGCUGCGCAGGCUCAGGUCCACUACAAUGGAAAGUCUCACCUCAAGAGGGUCAAACAGUUGAAUAACGGAGAGCUGCCCACGGCGAGCGCCAGCUCGACUUCUACUCCUCUGCAUUCUCUCAGCAGCGGCAGCGGCAGUCAAGGAAGUUCCUGUCAUAGCAACACACUCCCUGCAUUGGUUCGGACUCCUUCUCUAAUGAUGCAGUCCGGUCUGGACAUGAAGCCUUUCAUGACCUUCCCAGUGGAGAGCUCCUCUCCAGUCGGCCUGUUCCCCAAUUUCAAUUCGAUGGACCCCGUCCAGAAAGCAGUAAUCAACCACACAUUUGGAGUCUCCAUUCCUCCCAAGAAAAAGCAAGUUAUUUCUUGCAACAUCUGUCAGCUCCGCUUUAAUUCAGAUAAGCAUAGAGGUUUGGAGCGACAUGAGGGUGAGCAAAUGAUGACAGAAUUUUUUUCUGGUGGAACUUUCCCUUUAAUGUUCGUGAAACAUAAACAGAGCCAAGCCGAGGCGCACUACAAAGGCAGUAAACAUGCCAAGAAGCUCAAAGCACAGGAGUCCACGAAAAAUAAGCAGAAAAGUGCAGCCGCCCAGGACAGCGGCGCUAAGACAAUCACCACCACCACCACCACCACCACUUCCUCCUGCACUGCAGUCACUGCCAGCUGCUCUGACCAACCAGAGAAAAGCAUAGAGCCGCUGGCUGCGCUCAAUGUCCCUGCCUCCCCACAAGCCUUUGUGCCUGUUUGUGCUCCCGCUGCGCCUGCAGUGGCAUUAGUGCCCAGCCCUUGCAAGACAGCACCCGCGCAUGCCAGCCCCCCCACUGAGCCAACAGGACUCACGGUGGCCCUGAAGAACACCUCCAAACCAGCAGCGCUGCCAACGGCCCCGUCAGAGCCCAGCGUGGAGUCCGAGGAGGAGAAAGCCAAGAAGCUCCUGUACUGUUCGCUCUGCAAAGUGGCUGUCAACUCCCUCUCACAGCUGGAGGCGCACAACACAGGUUCAAAGCACAAAACCAUGCUGGAGGCGCGAAAUGGAGCGGGUCCCAUUAAAGCGUACCCCAGACCCGGGUCCAAACUCAAAGUUCAGGCCACACAACUGAACAAAGGCUCAGGCUUACAGAACAAGACGUUUCAUUGUGAAAUCUGUGAUGUCCACGUCAACUCAGAAAUCCAGCUCAAGCAGCAUAUCUCCAGUAGGCGGCACAAGGACAGAGUGGCAGGCAAACCCACCAAACCCAAAUACAGCCCUUACAACAAGCAGCAGCGGAGCUCCAGCUCUCUGGCAGCCAAACUCGCCCUGCAGAACGACUUGGUGAAGCCCAUUUCACCGGCUUUCCUCUCCACGACCUUCUGCCCCACCACAGUCCCGUCCAUCUCCCUCCACCCUCGCCCCAACACCUCCAUCUUCCAGACAGCCUCUCUUCCGCACUCAUUUCUCCGUGCCGCUCCGGGACCGAUCCGACCCACCACAGGCUCCAUCUUGUUUGCGCCUUACUGAGCGUGCAGCCACACCGGAGCGGACGUUUCUCAACCUAUGCCACGCUACGGCUGUAUGCUUGAAACAGUGGUGUAUUUAUUAAAACUUUAUCCUCAACUGUCCUCACCGUCACAAAACCCAGGAAGGAUGUCGUCUUUGUGAGGGCUUUUGCAUUUGAAACACUAAAAAUAAACAAGAAAAAGUGUUGAACUGCUUCCUGAAAGACUUGAAUUAUCAUGGUCUUCCUUUUCAACUCAACCAACCAACCAACUCCAGGCAAGCACAUGUCUCGAGGCGCUGUCAGAAACCAUCCCAAAUCCUACCAUGUUCAGUCAACGGCUUGAUGUUGUCAGGGAGCCUGUGAUGCAGUUUUUGGCCUGUGUGCUGUCUUGUAUCGUGUUGUCAAUAAGCUCAAUCACCAGUACUUCAGUGGCGCCCACUCUUUCCCUUUUAACAGGAAACAUAGCAUUUCUCUUCUCCACAUGUGUCCGGGUUCCUCUUCUCAGCAUAGAAGCAGAUUCAACUUGUUUUCAUCACAAAACCAACUCUCUUUUGUGUAUUAGGAAAACCGUGGGCUGUAUUCAUCUUUCCGAGAUAUCCUUAUUUGUCACGAGACACAGCUCUCUGAUGAUGCAAUAAUGUACAGAUCAUUAAAUAUUGAUAUUCUCCAUAGUGUAUUUCAUGUUUACCUAAAAGGUUGCAAUACAAGUUGUAUUUUAAGAGCUGAAGGAGGCACUAAGAGAACUAGAUACGAUAUUUGGUACAUUCUUUUUCGAGAUAAAGAGAGAACGUUAACUGACAAUUCUUUAUUUGGCUGUGGAAUAUCAUCAUUCAUAAACGUAUGUAUGUUUGAGAGUCUGUACAUAAAGAUACUACAUUUUCAAUAAAAUAAUAUAUUUAAAUGAUUUCUUCAUGAAUUUAUACUGUAUAUUACUUUUCAGGAAAGGUUGUUGCUCAUUAUUAAAUGUUUAGUGAAUUGAUCAGAUGUCUUCAUAUUUAUUUUCAGAUGCUUUUUUUUAAUUGUCAUUUCUAAUGUAAUGUUUUCUUUGAGUUCAUUUAUUUGUGCAGGAGGUUUGUUUGGUGGAUUUGAUUAAAAAAACAGUUCAGUGUUGUGUAAU